AUGAGCAGGCUCCGGGCGGCGCGGGCCGCCCUGGGGCUAGUCAGCUUCACAUCGGUGUUUGGUAUUGUGCUACGCGCUCUGUUAUUGGAACCGAUGACAAAAGCUGGAUUGCCGCAGGCACGGUAUUUAGCAGUCCCGAAAAAAUGCAACGAAUCGGCAAACCUAUUGGUGUGUGUCUUUUCGAAACCUAUUAACAUCGAGAAUCGGUUAGCUAUACGAGAUACGUGGGGCAAAGCUUUUGUGCAGGCCGGCGCUAAGGUCGUGUUCCUUCUCGGCAAGUCGUACGAUCCAAUAUUGAUAGAAGAGAUUCGAGCGUAUGGUGACAUCGUCCAGGAGGACUUUAAAGAUUCAUAUUAUAACUUGACACUAAAAUCACUUGCGAUGAUCCGCUAUGCAGCCACACGCUGUCCUCGAGUGCAAUUCAUUCUUAAGGCGGACGAUGACGUUCUGAUUAAUACGAAGAAGUUUUUGAAGGACAUCAAUCAUUUAGCACAACCUAAAUCCAUAUGGGGUAACUUGGCGCAAGGAUGGACGCCCAUACGACAACCGACAUCCAAAUGGUACGUUCCGCCGUAUCUCUAUAAUGAAACGUACUUUCCUGAUUUUGUGACUGGUGUCAGUUACCUGAUGACCGGUGACUGUCCUGCCCUUCUCUACGAAGGAUCGCAGAACUUGCGCUAUCUCUACCUCGAAGACGUCUUCUGGACUGGUAUAGUAGCCGAAAAAGUGGGCAUUACACGGUUCGCUCAGGCAGGGUUUUCCAACUCGAGGGUAUUUCUACGAGCUUGCGACCCAUCAGCUGGCCCAUGGUUUAUGAGUCACGGAUACACCCCAGAAUAUUUAAGGAUUUCAUGGAGAAGCCUUCAAAAGAGGCUUGCGAUGUGUGAUAAAGUGAAAAGAAAAGAUCCAGCAGUGCAUCGAGUGUACUGAUUAUAUGCGUCA